AAGGUUCUUUCUGAGCUACCGGAUCAACCAAAUGUUGUCAAGUGCCUGGGAUAUUGUCAAGAGCAAGGUAGCAUCCUGUAUGAGUUCAUCUCUGGGGGUACCCUACUCACCCAUCUGCAGACUACAGGGGUGCAAUCCCAACCCACAUACGGCAACCUCAAACCAAAGAGGGUUCGUAUCGAUGAAGGUAGUCUACUCAACUUGGCUUGGCAAAUUGCAAAAGGAAUGCAAUAUCUUGCAUCAAAGAAGAAACCAACUAGAUGGAGUUCGCCUGAAACCAUGGUUACUGGUGAUCAAUCAACAGAAGGAGAUAGCUGGUCUUUUGGUAUCGUGCUGUGGGAAAUUGUGACAUUAGGGGCGAGGCCAUACCCUAAAAUGACCUUUGACACUAUCCAAACGGAGGUUGCCAAUGGUUACCAGAUGCCACGCCCUCGCCAUUGUGGACAAGAAGUGUAUACGGUAAUGUCUGGUUGUUGGGAGAAGGAAGCUACAAAUCGGAGUAAUUUUGAUCAUAUCCUCAAGAGUUUGGAAAGGAUUCUAGAAAAGACUCAUACUUACCUGUCUCUCAAUGACUUGGAUGAAGGAUUGUAUGCGUCUACACUGGACAUGUGAAAUUACACUUUGUUCGGAUGUGCAGCAGUACUACAAUGCAUCUAAAUCAUGUACGCCGUACGAUACUCGGACCCGAGCUAACUGGGACUAUGGAGAUAGUAUAGGGACAUUAUAGGGAAUAUCUUGUGUUAAAUUUAGCCAAAAUGCUGAAUCAGUAUUUCGCAAAUACUUGUAUUAAAUUUGCUUUAAGUAUACGUCUGUUUGAUUUUUUUUCAAGGUCAUUUGGUAGAGAUUUUAAAAAUAGUUACUUAAAAAGGAUAAAUUGACAUUGUGUAGAGGUGCAGCUGUUGUAGAAAACAUGUCGUUUGUGAAUUUCAAGGUUAUAGAAACCGAUCUCAAACAUUCAACAGCACAUUCUCAUGAUUUUCUGUCGGUUACGUUGCGUAUAUACUGUGGAAAACUUACUUCUAAUUUACAUUGCAACGUUUGCCAAUGUUUGUGUUAUUUCAUAGUAUUGUUGUGUGUGAAUGACCUCCUACCCCCUUUCUUCUUUCUUUUCAUCACCCCUCGCUCUCCCUUUCUCUUUCUCUAUCGUCCUCUCUGUCCCUCUGUGUCCCUUCUACCUUUCUCACCCCACUAUUU